AUGACUGUACCAGUAACACCUAUCGAUCAGAGCAUCCUACAGAUCCUCCAACAGUCUGCACCCCUGGUCCCCUUUGAAGAGCUCACCCACCUCAUCUUUAACGCCCAUAUCCCCGGCCGGUUCGGCACCAUCCACACAGGACGCUGGAAGGAGCACGAUGUCGAGAUCCGCGAGCCCUUUGGCGACCUGGCAACGAUCGAGCGCGAGGUCCGCCUUCUCUACAAGCUCGGCAGCACGUGCCCGCAGAUCGUCCAUCUCUACGGAUACACCAUCGACCCCCACAGCUCCAUCGCCUACCUCAUCGUCCAGCACAAUGAACACGGCUCGCUGCACUCCUACCUCGCCAACUUCCACGCCCACUUGACCUGGCCCGAUCGGUAUAACCUCGCCUUGGACAUUGCACUUGGUCUCCGCUAUAUUCACUACAAGGGAUACCGCCAUCGUCAUCUCCAUUCGGCCAGCAUUCUGAUUGAUACCAACGGAUCGGCGGUUCUGUCUGACUUUGGAUCGACACGCGAUUCUGAAGUCCUUUCCUCACGGGAACAUCCUCCCCGCAUGGGAUACAUUGCCCCCGAACGCCUCACCAAGAGCGGUACUCGCUACUCGAUCGAAUGUGAUAUCUACUCGUUGGGCAUGAUCUUUUGGGAGAUCUCGAGCGGACGCCCACCAUUCGACCAUCUCAUUGCAUCUUGUAGCCUGGAAGAUGGGACUAUGAUGAGUCUCGCCCAGAACAUUGUCGCGGGUCGACGGGAGCGCCAUGUCGAGGGCACCGACCCGAUCUUUGAGGACCUUUAUACCCGCUGCUGGCACUCUGAUCCUCUGGAGCGUCCUUCGAUUGAUUGGAUUAUCCAGACGCUUGGUGUGCUUCUGAAGCAACCCUCUGGUUCUCUUAGCCGUCUAAUUGAAAACUUGAGUCUUGAAGAGCAACCCAAAAAGCCCGCCUAUUCCGCCAAGGCCUCCUCCCGCGACUCGCAAGGGUCCACAGCCUCCCGGUCUGUUAAGUCUUCCAGGUCGCAUUCUAUCGAUAAUGACCGAGACCUCCCCAGCCCGAUGCUCCGCUCGCGCGAGUUGGUCAUGUCUUCUCGGGAGUCGGAGUAUGCCGCUCCUCACCCUCACCAGCACCAGCACCAGCAACACCCUCAUUAUCAGCACUACUCUCACCAACAACAGCAUCACCACCAGCACCAGCAGUACUCUCAGCAUCCUCAUCAUCAGCCAGUCAUGCACUCUGCCCCCAUCGCCCCGCCUCCAGUGCCUCCCAUGUCUAGCCGGAGAAAGGCCUCCACUGUCUCCUCGAUGGCCCCUUCUCUCCGGUCAAUGUCGAUCAGCAGCGGCAGCUCAACUGGAUCCUCAAGUGGCGGAAACGGACCCAUGAUCCCUGCUCGGGACUCGAGACGCGUGUCGACCUUGUCGUCGGUCAGCUCGAUCGAGAUCCCCAAGUACGAUGUCUUGCCCAACAAGCAGCGCAACCAUCCUCAAACCAUCUGGGAGGCAGUCCAGGACGGCAAUGUGGAUUUCACGGAGUGGUGUAUCCUUAACGGAGCCAGCCCCAAUGGAUUGAUCUCAUUGCCCAUGUACUCGAUGCUGGCCGAGGUUGCGCCCAUCCAUGCCGCGUGCUUCUAUCAGCCCAUUAACUUGAUGGCGAUCCUCAAGUGUCUCCAACAACACGGCGCCAUCAUGCAGAUGGUUACCACCAUGACCCGCCAGUCGGCUCUUCACAUUAUCCUCGAGCACGCGACUAACUACAAGGUCGCCUUGGAGGUCUGUAGGUUCUUGAUCCUGGAAUGCCAUCUCAGCGUGAACGAUCAGGACAACCGUGGCGUGACACCCUUUCACAAGUUCCUCAAGAACCCCCACCUCAGCGGUCGUCAAUCUGUCGCAGGGUCGGAGCUGUUUGUCCUCCUCCGUGAGCGCGGCGAGGCUAACUUGAACCUGGAAUCCUUCCACGAGGGCAACUCUCUUGGUAUGGCCGCACGUUACCUCCGCGUGGACCUCGUGAAGCUCUUCCUCUUGACCGACCUCUCCUGCUCCGACCCUCGCAGUUUGGGAUACGCCCUGGGACAGAUCGAUGCACCCCUGAGCGAGAGCAGACCUUCGAAAUCAGCACAGGACCUGUGUCGUUCGAUCCUGAUGGAAUGGACAGGCGAGCGUGGCGAAUCCAAACGAAUCGCGAUGGCUGAACGGCUACUGGAGCAUCGUGGGAUCUCAUUGUCAGCCCCUGGAUCGCCCAUGCUGGAUUCCUCGGCACAACCACCCAAGGCGCGUAAACAGAGUAUUGGACUGUUGGGCAUGGGGAUCGGCAAAUCCAAGAAGGCGUCCAAGGAGGACCUUAAUGUCCCUGCAGUACCCUCUUUGCCAGCGGCGGUUGCGAACGAGGUCGAUGUUGCGAGAAAGAUCUUGCAGAGCACUGUUGCCAAGCAGCAAAAGCUCAAGACCUUUAUGGCCCAGUCUGGCUUCUAG